GUUAUUCGGGCCUGUAUCCCGGCAUGGGCCCGGAAGUUGUUUUGGAUUUCAGGUAGAAGAUCCCGGAGAUGCUGCCUUCGCUAGGGAAAACAAACAGAGAACCAGCGAAAUAAAUACGUUAACCAUAGUCAACCGCCAGUUAGCUGGUGCAGUGAUAAUGAAUGCUGAUGACUGUAAUGGACGAUCUUAUAUGUCAGGCAGUGGAGACUCGUCAACAGAGCGUGAGUUUUUCGCAGGGCUGAGGGGACCCACCGUAAGCACCCCCAACAGCCAGCACUCCUCGCCCAGUCGCUCGCUCAGUGCUAACUCUAUCAAGGUGGAGCUCUACAGUGAUGAAGAGGCAGGCGGAGCCCCUCCAUCAGAGAAGAGAGGGGGAGAGAGGGAAGAGGGAUGGAAGGAGGAGAAGGGUGACGCGGCGGAGGAGGGGGCCGGUGAGACGGGGAUCGGCGUGAGGGCCCAGGUGGGGAGCGGAUAUGGGGAGAUGGCCAGCCCGGAGUCGGUCUCGCCAGGACCAAUCCGGCUGCCCAACGGCAAGCUGAAGUGUGAUGUGUGCGGCAUGAUCUGCAUCGGGCCCAACGUCCUCAUGGUCCACAAACGCAGCCACACGGGUGAGCGGCCUUUCCAGUGUAACCAGUGUGGGGCCUCCUUCACACAAAAGGGCAACCUGUUGCGCCACAUCAAGCUGCACUCAGGGGAGAAGCCCUUCAAAUGCCCCUUCUGUAACUAUGCCUGUCGUCGCCGAGACGCCCUGACCGGCCACCUCCGCACCCACUCUGUAUCGUCCCCCACUGUAGGAAAGCCCUACAAGUGCAGUUUCUGUGGCCGCAGCUACAAGCAGCAGAGCACACUGGAAGAGCAUCGGGAGCGCUGCCACAGCUACCUACAGAGCCUGGACCACCAGCCUGCACACAGCACCCAGACAGCCCAGGGAGAGGAGAACCGGAACAUGGAUAUGGUUACUGACCCAUUGCUCCAGCCCUCCACUGACAAGAUGACCUUCAUUGACCGUCUGGCCAACAGCAUUACCAAGAGAAAGAGGUCGACGCCCCAGAAGUUCUUAGGAGAGAAGCACAUGCGACUGAAUCUGUCUGAUGCACCUUACGAACUCACCUCCAGCCCUGAGAAAGAGAGGGGGGACAUGCUGGGGUCCGAGCACGUCCCCCUGGGCCGCCUGGGGGGUCGUUACCUGCGUGGGCAGCGGGUGGGCGAGACUGGAGAAGAGGCCGAGCCCAGGCGUCCGCUGCGCCUGCCGGCGUCCCACGCGCCGUGUCUGACCGAGUUCCCCCCCAUCAUCGGCUCGGUGUACUCCUCUCACAUGGCGCCCUCUCUGGCCCCGAGGAUGAACUGCGUGUCGGCCUCCGGUGGCGGUGGUGGUGGCGGCGGCAUGGGGCUGGCGGGUUUGCCGGGGAGGGAGGCCGGCGAGGGCCACGAGGACGCUCCCACGAGCCGGAGCCACGUCGCCAUGGCGUCCGCCGCAGAGUCUCCCAGCAACGGCUGCCAUGACUCCACAGACACGGAGAGCAUGGCAGAGGAGCAGUGCGGUGGGGGAGGUGGAGGUGGAGGCGGCGGCGGAGGCAUCACCGGUGGCCAGGGGGGCAGCCACCACAACACCCCACUCCGAGGCCUACGAGACCGCCACUGCAGUCCCAGCCACGCCAAAGACAUUGACCUCGAGUCGGAUCGGGAUCGGGAUCGGGAUAGGGAGCGCGAGCGUGACCGGGUCCGGGAGAGGGAGCUGGGCCUGGCCGUGCCCCAGGCGGCGUCCUCGCUGGUCGCGACCCCAGCGGGGGUCAAGGAGGGCAGCCCGCGCUCGCCCCCCUCCUCCUCCUCGCUGCCCUGUCGAGAGGCCCUGCAGGUGGUGGACGGGGACGGCCGGCCGGUCCGCUCCUUCCGCUGCGAGCACUGCCGCAUCCUCUUCCUGGAUCACGUCAUGUUCACCAUCCACAUGGGCUGCCAUGGCUUCCGUCAGCCCUUCGAGUGCAACAUAUGCGGCCACCGCAGCCAGGACCGCUACGAGUUCUCCUCGCACAUUGUUCGCGGGGAGCACCAGGUGGGCUGA